AAAGAGAGAGAAAAAAUAAAUCUAACCGUCUUCGUCAAAUUGUCUCUCUCUCUCUCUAUCUACCUACCGACCCACCCAACCUUCCUUUUCUCUCUCCUCCCCAACCACCUCUCUCUCUCAACGUAUGUACAUACAUAUCCUGCACAAGUAUCUGUAAUGUAUAUUGGGGGUUAGGGUUUUACCGAGAGUUCCAUGGAAGCUUCGGCCACGCACUCAACAACCUCAGGAGGACGAUCCAAUUUCCGAUACUGGUACUGUAAUUGCUUCAGACGCUGUUGUCACUGUUUCUGUUGCUGUUGCUAUUGCUGUUCUGAACCUUGAAUUUCAAUUCAGCUAGGGUUAGGGUUUGGGUUUUGAUUGAUUGGUAGUUAUGGAUUUGACACACUCGCAAUCGAAUCUGUCUCUAGGGUUUCACUCUCACACUUUUACGCCUACUUCUCGCCGUUCUCAAAUCGUCGACGACUUGAUCUCCUUCCAGAUCGACUCGGGUUUCUGCGGCCCCUCUCAUCAUGUGCCGUCGAUUCCGCUGCAGUUGAUGGAUCAGCAUCAAAAGCAUGAGAACGAGAUUGAGGAGGGAGAGAGUGGGGAUGAUGAGGAGUUUCGAAUUCUGGGGCAUUCGAUGUUUCUGAAGAGGAGGAGGGAUGGAGAAUCGGUGGCAUCGUGUUCUUCGUCUUCGAAACGGGUUUCGAUCGAGCGGUUCGAGCCUCAAGGUCUCGAAUCGCGACGGAGUGCAGUGCGGGCUUGGGAUAAUCAGCCGCUCUGCGUUGCAGACCCGGAUGUUUUUUGGAUUAUGGAGAAGGAAAAGCAGAGGCAAUUCAAAGGGAUUGAAUUGAUAGCUUCAGAGAAUUUUGUGUGCCGGGCUGUGAUGGAAGCUCUGGGGAGCCAUUUGACGAACAAGUACUCGGAAGGAAUGCCCGGGGUGAGGUAUUAUGGUGGUAAUCAGUACAUUGAUGAGAUUGAAACACUAUGUUGUGAGCGCGCUUUGGCCGCUUUUGGUCUAGAUUCGGAGAAUUGGGGUGUAAAUGUUCAACCAUAUUCAUGUACAUCAGCGAAUUUUGCAAUUUACACAGGGCUGCUAUUACCCGGGGAUCGGAUUAUGGGAUUGGAUACACCUUCUGGUGGAAACACUAGUCACGGGUACUAUACAUCUAAUGGUAGAAAAGUUUCCGGGGCUUCAAUUUUCUUUGAAAGCCUCCCAUAUAAGGUUAACCCACUGACUGGGUACAUAGACUAUGAUAAACUUGAGGAGAAGGCGCUUGAUUUUCGCCCAAAGAUACUUAUUUGUGGUGGCAGCUCGUAUCCUCGGGAGUGGGAAUACGCAAAGUUUAGACUGAUUGCAGAUAAAUGUGGAGCAGUGUUAAUGUGUGACAUGGCUCAAAUUAGUGGUCUUGUUGCGGCUAAGGAGUGUGCAAACCCCUUUGAUUACUGCGACAUUGUUACGUCAACAACUCAUAAAAGUCUUCGAGGCCCCAGGGGAGGUAUUAUUUUCUACAGAAAGGGUUUGAAGCCAAGGAAGAGGGGAUUGCUUUUGAGUCAAGGUGAUGGUAGUGACAAAUAUGACUUUGAGGAGAAGAUAAAUUUUGCUGUUUUUCCAGCCUUGCAAGGUGGACCGCACAAUAAUCACAUUGCAGCCCUUGCUAUAGCCCUGAAACAAGUGGCCACUCCUGAGUACAAGGCAUAUAUGCAACAGGUGAAGAAAAAUGCUCAGGCUCUAGCAUCUGCUUUACUGAGUAGAAAGUGUAGACUGGUAACAGGAGGCACUGACAAUCAUUUGUUACUUUGGGAUCUAAGGACUCUUGGACUAACAGGUAAGAAUUUUGAGGUGGUCUGUGAGAUGUGCCACAUUACUCUCAAUAAAAUUGCUAUAUUUGAUGAUAAUGGCACCAUCACACCUGGAGGUGUAAGGAUCGGUACUCCUGCUAUGACAUCAAGAGGUUGUCUUGAAAAUGAUUUUCAAACAAUAGCUGGCUUUCUCCUCAGAGCUGCACAGAUUACAAGUACGGUCCAGAGAGAACAUGGAAAGUUGCAGAAAGCUUUCCUGGGUGGUCUUCAGAACAACAAAGAUAUUGUUGAUCUUCGGAGUGGAGUUGAAAAUUUUGCUACUCGUUUUGCAAUGCCAGGGUUUGAUGCGUAAAAAAAUAGAGGUGACGUACAAAGGAGGGCGGCUUCCAGCUCUCUGGACUGACAUCUGCUGCACAUAUCGAGUGCUGAUUCAAAUUCAGUUUUGAUAUUGUACAAGUGUAUAUAUUUAAUGCGUUCGGUUGUUUUGGUAAAAUGGUAAUGCUGCCAUGAAUGGGUCAGUUAACUGACUACAAUGGAUGUGGAAGGCAAUUUUUGAAGUUAAAAUAUAUCCGUAUGAGGUACAGGAACAUGAAAUCCGUGAAUCUUGGUCGUGUUUCUUUUUUAACACUAGCUAAAUUUGUCUGAUGACCUACAUCAUUUUUUCUUCAUUCUUAUUUCAUUUAUUUGAUGUACAUGGAUUUGUUUAUUUGACUUUUCCUUACAUGUCUUGUUUGUGAAGAGGGAAGCCUUAGUUCAUUACAACCAUUUUACACUA